CUGGGACGCGUGUUCUUUUAUUUCCGAGCAGAAAGCAGGACGUCUGGAGCUGAAAUGGGGGAGUGGGAGCUGCUGGGUCGUUUGCUGGAUAAGGUGCAGGGUCACUCCACGGUGAUCGGAAAAGUCUGGCUCACCGUCCUCUUCAUCUUCCGCAUCAUGGUCCUGCGCACCGCCGCCGAAAAGGUCUGGGGGGACGAGCAGUCGGACUUCGUGUGCAACACCCAGCAGCCCGGCUGCGAAAACGUCUGCUACGACCACGCCUUCCCCAUUUCCCACGUCCGCUUCUGGGUGCUGCAGAUCAUCGCCAUAGCAACGCCCAAGCUGCUCUACCUGGGCCACGUCCUCCACGUGAUCCACGUGGAGAAAAAGCUGAAGGAGGGUUUGAAGAACCGUGACGAUCUGGACGACCAGACCAUCCUGUUUCUUCGUCGGGCCUACAAAUUCCCGAAGUACACCAAACCCAGCGGGAAGAUCAGCCUCCGCGGGCGUCUCCUCCAGAGCUACGUCCUGCACCUGGUGGCCGAGGUCCUUCUGGAGGCGCUGUUCGUGGGGGGGCAGUACUUCCUGUACGGCUUCACCCUCCAGCCCCGCUACGUGUGCGCCCGUUUCCCCUGCCCCCACCGGGUGGACUGCUUCCUGUCCCGGCCCACCGAGAAGUCCCUCCUCAUCUGGUUCAUGCUGGCGGCGGCGUGCCUCUCGCUGGCGCUGGGCGUGGCCGAGCUGCUGUACCUGUGCGUGCGGGCGGCCAGAGAGGGCGUGGCCAGGAGGCGGGACUACACCGUGACCCCCGUGACCCCGCCCGGGUCCCGGAAAAGGGCCGGGAAAGGGGGGCGUCGCCCGGGCGCCAACGGGGCGGCCGGGGGCGUUAACGGGGCCGGGGAGGGCGCCAAAACGGGCGCCAACGUGUGGGGGGACGAGCAGUCGGACUUCGUUUGCAACACCCAGCAGCCCGGCUGCGAAAACGUCUGCUACGACCUCGCCUUCCCCAUUUCCCACGUCCGCUUCUGGGUGCUGCAGAUCAUCGCCAUAGCAACGCCCAAGCUGCUCUACCUGGGCCACGUCCUCCACGUGAUCCACGUGGAGAAAAAGCUGAAGGAGGGUUUGAAGAACCGUGAGGAUCUGGACGACCAGACCAUCCUGUUCCUUCGUCGGACCUACAAAUUCCCGAAGUACACCAAACCCAGCGGGAAGAUCAGCCUCCGCGGGCGUCUCCUCCAGAGCUACGUCCUGCACCUGGUGGCCGAGGUCCUUCUGGAGGCGCUGUUCGUGGGGGGGCAGUACUUCCUGUACGGCUUCACCCUCCAGCCCCGCUACGUGUGCGCCCGUUUCCCCUGCCCCCACCGGGUGGACUGCUUCCUGUCCCGGCCCACCGAGAAGUCCCUCCUCAUCUGGUUCAUGCUGGCGGCGGCCUGCGCCUCGCUGGCGCUGGGCGUGGCCGAGCUGCUGUACCUGUGCGUGCGGGCGGCCAGGGAGGGCGUGGCCAGGAGGCGGGACUACACCGUGACCCCCCUGACCCCGCCCGGAUCCCGGAAAAGGGCCGGGAAAGGGGGGCGUCGACCGGGCGCCAACGGGGCGGCCGGGGGCGUUAACGGGGCCGGGGAGGGCGUCAAAACGGGCGCCAACGUGGGGGAGAUCCACAUCUGA